UUCACCCAGCUCUGCCUAGCUCAGCACCAACACCAAGCACCAAGCCUCUACUGCUUUCUGGAGAUUUCAUGAGAGAAAAGGGACGAACCCAGAAACCCCCCCUUUUCCCUCUCAUCUUGCGUUGUUUAGACUCUUUUUUUCCCCACCUUUCUGUCUUUUCUAUCGGAUAAUGUGGACCUCUAAAGCGUUGGGAGUAUAUGACAAAAGAUUUUAAGGAUGCUGGACUUGUGCUGCUCGUUUCCUUCCUCUUCUUCUUUGACUUAAAUGCCAACGCAACGGUGAAUGCAGUGGACGAGCCUGCUGCUGCUGCUGCUGCAGACAAGUCUUGUCUUUCUUUGAUUUUGAUUUUUUCUUCAGAAGGAUGUAAAAAACGACAGUGCGCAAAAAGCUGAAGAAGAAGAAGAAGUCUCCUCGUCUCCUCCUCAAAAUGCAGAAGGGAAUACGACUUAAUGAUGGUCAUGUCACCUACCUGGGGCUUUUGGCGAAAAAGGAUGGUACGAGGCGAAGCUGCUUGAGCAAGAAGAGCUCAGACAACACGAAAUGGCACACAAAGUGGUUCGCUUUGUUACAGAAUAUGCUCUUUUAUUUCGAGAACGAGUCCAGCUCUCGACCCUCGGGAUUAUACCUGUUGGAGGGAUGCAUAUGCGACAGGGCGCCUUCACCAAAACCUUCACAGUCAGCCAAGGAGGGCUUGGAAAAGCAGUACUAUUUCACCGUCAGCUUCACCCAUGAAAACCAAAAGGCGCUGGAGUUACGCACAGAAGAUGUAAAGGACUGCGAUGAAUGGGUGGCGGCAAUAUCACACGCCAGUUACAGAAACUUGGCCAACGAGCAUGAGACUCUCAUGCAGAAGUAUCUUCAUCUGCUUCAGAUUGUGGAGACGGAGAAAACAGUUGCUAAGCAACUUCGACAACAGAUAGAAGAUGGGGAAAUAGAGAUUGAAAGGCUUAAGUCAGAGAUCUCCGGGCUGCUCAAAGACAACGAGAAGAUUCACAACAGCCCUGCAGCCACCCCAACCGAUGACGAUUCAGAAAUCAAGAAAAUCAAAAAAGUCCAAAGCUUCCUGCGAGGCUGGAUCUGCAGGAGGAAGUGGAAGACAAUCAUCCAGGAUUACAUCCGCUCGCCACACGCGGAGAGCAUGAGGAAGAGGAACCAGGUGGUGUUCAGCAUGUUGGACUCGGAGGCCGAGUACGUCCAGCAGCUUCACAUCCUGGUGAACAACUUCCUGAGGCCGCUGCGCAUGGCAGCCAGCUCCAAGAAACCGCCCAUCACCCACGAUGAUGUCAGCAGCAUAUUCCUCAACAGUGAAACUAUCAUGUUUCUACAUCAGAUAUUUUACCAGGGUCUAAAAGCCAGAAUAGCGAGCUGGCCAACAUUAGUUCUGGCCGACCUGUUUGACAUCCUGCUGCCAAUGCUGAACAUCUACCAGGAGUUUGUGAGGAACCACCAGUACAGCCUGCAGAUCCUGGCUCACUGCAAGCAGAACCGAGACUUUGACAAGCUGCUGAAGCAGUACGAGGCCAAGCCCGACUGCGAGGAGAGGACUCUGGAGACCUUCCUCACCUACCCCAUGUUCCAGAUUCCCCGCUACAUUCUUACGCUCCACGAACUUCUGGCCCACACACCCCACGAACAUGUAGAGAGAACCAGUCUGGACUACGCCAAAUCUAAGCUGGAGGAGCUUUCCAGAAUCAUGCACGACGAAGUGAGCGAGACGGAGAACAUCAGGAAAAAUCUGGCAAUAGAGCGCAUGAUCGUAGAGGGCUGCGAGAUUCUCCUUGACACCAGCCAGACGUUUGUAAGACAAGGGUCUCUCAUCCAGGUGCCGAUGACCGAGAAGGGCAAGAUCACCCGUGGGCGACUGGGCUCUCUGUCUCUGAAGAAGGAGGGGGAGAGGCAGUGCUUUCUCUUCUCCAAGCAUUUAAUCAUCUGCACCAGGGGUUCUGGGGGGAAGCUUCAUCUCACCAAGGUGAAGAAUGGAGUAGUCUCGCUGAUAGACUGCACUCUUCUGGAGGACCCUGAGGGGACAGAUGAUGAGUCCAAAUCAGACAAGAGCGGCCAGGACAUGGAGCACCUGGACUUCAAGAUUGUCGUGGAGCCGAAGGACACCCAGUCAUUCACAGUCAUCCUGGUGGCGUCCUCCAGGCAGGAGAAGUCUGCGUGGACCAGUGACAUCAGCCAGUGCAUAGACAACAUCCGCUGCAAUGGGCUGAUGAUGAACGCCUUCGAAGACAACUCCAAAGUCACAGUGCCACAGAUGAUCAAGUCAGAUUCAAGUCUGUACUGCGACGAUGUGGACAUCCGCUUCAGUAAGAUGAUGAACUCCUGCAAGGUGCUGCAGAUCCGCUACGCCAGCGUCGAGCGCCUGCUGGAGAGGCUGACCGACCUCCGUUUCCUCUCCAUCGACUUCCUCAACACCUUCCUGCACUCCUACCGCGUGUUCACCACCGCUGACGUGGUGCUAGACAAACUCAUCACCAUCUACAAGAAGCCCAUCAGUGCCAUCCCUGCUCGGUCCCUGGAGUUAUUCUUUGCCAGCAGUCAGAACAGUAAACUCCUGUAUGGAGAGCCUCCCAGCUCCCCCAGGGCCAGCAGGAAGUUCUCCUCCCCGCCUCCUCUCGCCAUUGCCAAGAAUUCAUCCCCAAACCGCCGGCGCAAGCUCUCCCUCAACAUCCCCAUCAUCACUGGGGGCAAAGCUCUUGACCUGGCUGCCCUCAGCUGCUCCUCAAAUGGCUAUGCAAGCAUGUACUCGUCCAUGUCCCCAUUCAGCAAGACCACCUUGGACAUCAACAAGCUGUAUGUGUCCAGCCCUGUCUCGAGCAAAAUCCCAGAUGAGGGAGAAGACAAGAAAGAUAAGGUGGAGGACACUCCCGCGAGCAAACAAGAUCUCUCCGUACGAGAAGAAGAUGACAAUGAUCAAAACCAGAGUGAUGACGGGGACCAAGAAUCCUCUCCCAUCAAGUCACCAACCACCCCGAAAAACGUCAAAGGCAAAAACGCCUCAGAGUUCUCCCUGUUUUCCUACAACAAUGGCAUGGUGAUGUCCUCGUGUCGAGAGAUGGAUAACAACCGCAGUGCCCUGUCUGCUGCCUCCGCCUUUGCUAUUGCCACAGCUGGAGCCAACGAGGGCACGCCUACCAAGGAGAAAUAUAGGCGGAUGUCCCUCGCCAGUACUGGCUUCCCAACAGAUCAGAGAAACGGAGACAAAGAGUUUGUGAUCAGACGAGCAGCGACCAACCGAGUCCUGAAUGUCCUGAGGCACUGGGUGUCCAAACACUCUCCGGACUUUGACAUCAACAAUGAGCUGAAGACUAAAGCUAUUUCCUUCCUGGAGGAAGUGAUGCAUGACCCCGAGCUGCUGACCCAGGAGAGGAAAGCUGCAGCCAACAUCAUCAGGACUCUGACUCAGGAAGACCAUGGUGACAAUCAGAUCACCCUUGAAGACGUGACACAACUGAUGGGAGAAGGGAAGGUCGAUCCCUUCGAGAGCCACUCCGCGUUGGAGAUCGCCGAACAGCUCACUCUGCUGGACCACCUGGUGUUUAAGGUCAUCCAAUAUGAGGAAUUCUUUGGACAAGGCUGGAUGAAGAAUGACAAAAAUGAGAAGACGCCGUACAUCAUGAGAACAACGAAGCACUUCAAUGAUAUAAGCAACCUUAUUGCCACAGAGAUCCUGCGCUGUGAGGACGUGGUCACUCGAGUGGUGGUCAUAGAGAAAUGGGUGGCCGUAGCCGACAUCUGCCGCUGUCUCCACAACUACAACGCUGUGCUGGAGAUCACCUCCUCCCUCAACCGCAGCUCCGUCUUCCGCCUCAAGAAGACCUGGCUCAAGGUUUCCAAGCAGACAAAGGCACUGAUUGACAAGCUGCAGAAGCUGGUCUCAUCAGAGGGGAGGUUCAAAAACCUGAGAGAGGCUUUGAAGAACUGUGAUCCUCCCUGUGUGCCCUAUCUGGGGAUGUACCUCACAGACUUGGCUUUCAUUGAGGAGGGAACGCCAAACUACACCGAAGACAGCUUGGUCAACUUCUCGAAGAUGAGGAUGAUUUCUCACAUCAUCAGAGAAAUCAGACAGUUUCAGCAAACAGCAUACAAGAUUGACCUGCAACCAAAGGUAGCCCAGUAUCUACUGGAUAACAGCUUUGUUCUGGAUGAAGAAAGCAUGUACGAAGCCUCACUCAGAAUUGAGCCUAAAGUGCCCAACUGAUGGGGAAGUUGGUCCUCCACAUUAUUUUCUCUGUUAAUAUUACACAUCAGUUAACAAACACAUCAACUUUUGUAUAGUUGUACAUGUUUAAGAUUUGCUCUUCUGUACAGUAGAUGUUUAAGGUCGACACCUUUCAGUGUAUAUUUUUCGUUUGUUACCGUUGCCAUGACGCCACCUGCUUUAAGGUUGUUUUUUUUAUUUAUUUGGGGUAUUUCAAGCAUAAUAACAGAGGUCCCUUUGCUUGCACACAACGGUGUCUUCUCAGUGACCAAUGACAUUAUUUUGCAUCAUCUCAUACUGUGUUGACUUUGCACUUUCUGAGCACUCGCGCUGCCGGCCGUUGUUCUCUUUGCUUGAGUUUAAUCGAUGACUGAGUUUCUCUGCAACCAAUGUAGCAUUGUAAAAAUGUAACUGCAUCAAAUCAGGUAAAAGAGCACAGAGAAUAUAUUGACGAUAGGGAACAAUGAUCAGUGGAGAUGACAGCGAGGUACCUGAAGCAUAACCAUCUCUGUGCUUCCCAAACCAAAACAAGAAGGAUUUCUUCAUUUCUGCUCACUAAAGUCAGAGGUUCCCAACCGUUUUUGUUUGUUUUGUUUACACUGGGGACCGUUUUUAUACUGACAGUGUCAUUGUGGACCAGCCCAAUGGAAUGAAACCUAAAGGCAAAACAAAGCUACUAAUACUUAUGAGUGCUCAAUGUGCUGAGGAUGAGAGGGUUACCUCACAUACUCAACAAAACUAAUAGUCUGCAGCCAUGCUAACAGCUCUGUGAGGCUUUACUUAGGCACAGCCAGUGUUGCCAGAUCAGAUUAACAGUUUCCAGCUCAAUCACAACUUAAAAGCCGCCCACUUCAAUAAAAAACAGCCCAAAUCAUAUCCUUGCCAGAAACCCGUGGAAAACUGUAAAACCAUACGAUGUGCAAAUGAAAACACAUCAUAAGCAUACAGAGCUUCAUAUCUGCAUCAAAUAACCAAAGAUAUAAAAUGUUAGAUAAAUAGGCUAUAGGAUCCCACAAAGAGUGCAGUCAGACAACUAAAUAUACAAAUUCCCCUGUCAAUGCCAAUGAUGAUAACAUCAAGUUAAGUAGCUCAUUCAAAUUAAAAUAAUAUGAGUUGACACAACAAAGUUUACUGAAUCUUACAUCCGUGUUUUUGGCCAUGAAAUGACAGCUUGUUUGGUAAGAUUGUUUCCACGAUAUUUUCAAAACCCAAAUGCUGAC